GGCCCACGUGUCCACUCUCUCUCUCUCUCUCUACAGCGACGGCGGCGGCGGCGGCGAGGUGAGAGGAAGGAGAAGGGGAUCGAGGAGGAGGAGGCAAGCGCAGCCACCAUGGGAGUGAUGGAGAAGCUCAAGAUCUUCGCGGUGAAGGAGCCCGUCGUCACCGCCUCCUGCCUCAUCGCCGGAUUCGGUCUUUUUCUUCCAGCAGUUGUCAGACCAAUGUUGGAUUCUUGGGAGACAGCAAAACAAGUUCCUCCACCUGCGCUGAAUGAUGUUGUUGCAGGCGUCACCGGCAAGAAAAAGGAGUGACUUGGCAUCUUUUCCACUUGCUAAUGUUGUCGCAACGAUUUCUCUUUGUUUUGACUCCGGAUGGGAAGCCUCUCCCAGUCCAGAUGAUUAGGAUCAUCCAUUCAUAUGUCCAGCACAGUGUGAAAACAGUACUACAUGUGAUCGGCAAAAUAAUCGUGUUGUACCUGAACUUACUUUCAACAUAAUGAAAUUAAUGCUGCAAUUUUCAGCUUUGAGCUUGCAA